GAUAAUUUCGAUAGCGAUAACGUUGCUCCGUUGCUCAAAAUAUUUAAUGAAAUUUUUAUAGUUUGUACACAACAAUAUUUUUUGAACAUUGCUAUUUGAAUGCGAAAUGUCGCUGUUACUUAAUUUGGAGACUCUUAGACUCCACCAGGAGGAGGAAAAACGUUCAAUGCUGAGCGGGGCCAGUAAGAACAACCAGGAUUUAAUGCUCGAUAUAUUUGAGCGGUCCAAAGUGACCAUUGAAGACCUUAAGCGCCAGUAUACUUCAGAUGAGGUAAAGGCGCUCUGCUUGCGGACCAAGUUACAAGUAAAUAUGACGCACCUCAAUUGCGUAUAUGAUGCCAAAAAGAGACUGGACGCGAAGGGACGCCUGGCAAACCGUUCCAAUCGUUUCAUUGAUAAAAUGUUGGCCAAAGCAGUCAAUCGCCGAAUGGUUUCGCCCUAUUCCGAUGACGAUGUGGCUAAAUAUAAGUACCUCAAUCUUUGUGAGUUCAAGAAGGACAAUAACAUUCGGUUGGAUUGUUGGAAAAAAAGAAAGAUGGACAAAUCAUUAGAUUUGCGCGAGGAUCAAGAUGAACGCCGAUCUCUACCCACACCUGAAAACGAGGCAGUACUGAAUAAUUUGGAAGAGGCUUCUGCAAUUGAAGCAUUUAGCGUGGAUGGCAUCGGCGAUGACAUCGAGGAGGACGAAGCCGAUCAAGGGAAUACCAAUGAGAUUAGCAAUGUAUCUGUGCCUUCGACACAAAUAGUUGCCCAACCUGAUUGGCUCCGGGAGAUCGAUGAGAUCAAUUCGGAAUCCAUGACUUUUUGUUCUAAUGAAUUGCUUCAGACCCAGAGUCAGAGUCAGACUCAAAGCGAAGGUCUGGGCGCCGACUACGUGUCAUUUAAUACUCAAGUCCAAACCACAUCCACCCAAGAUUCGGCUGCGCAUAUGUGUUUGUAAAUCCCAGACGCGUAAACAUUAGAAUUAUGAUUUAGUUAAGAAUGAAGUUUUGUGUUUUGAAUAGAAUCGUCUGUUAUUGAAGCAUUUAACGUAUAUGGCAUCGGCGAUGACAUGGAGAUUAGCAAUAUAGCUGUGCUCAGGCAGGACUGGAUAAUUUGGAAAAGGCGUCUGUUAUUGAAGCAUUUAACGUAGAUAUCAUCGCCGAUGCCAUCCACGUUAAAUGCUUCAAUAACAGACGCCUUUUUCAAAUCAUCCAGUCCUGCCUUAGGCACAGCUAUAUUGCUAAUUUCCAUGUCAUCGCCGAUGCCAUCUACAGCCAUAUUGCUAAUCUCCAUGUUAUUACGUGUCAUUUAGUACUCAAGUCCAAACCACAUCCACCCGGAUAAGUCUUUGUAAAUCCCUGACGAGUAAACAGAAUAAUGAUUUAGUUAAGAAUGAAGUUUUGUGUUUUGAA